AUGAUAACGUUAAAGAAGUUAGUAAUAAAUCUUGUGAAACAGGCUAAAAAAAUAUCAGAGUUCGUCAUUUGCCAUCAAACUUUGUUAAAGGUAGCAGAUGUAAAUCAAGAUUCUGAAAUACCAUUAUCAUUAAGGGUUGCAGCUACGAGGCAUCCAGUUGGAUCAGGACAAGGAUUAAAAAUAAAUGGCAUUAUUGGUAUUACUCAAGUAAAAAAGGAUGAAGUAGAUUCUACAGCAGAAGUCAACAAAUUAGGUACAUCUUCAUCUGCGCAGUGUAUAUCUGAUGCAGCUUUUACUUAUAUGAAAUGUGAAGAAGUUAUUACAGCAAAAGUAAAUAGCAAUGUUAAAGAGAACGGACCUCUAUCUAUGCAAUACAUAGCAAAUGCUCUUUUAACGUCGACUAAGUGUACAAAAAAGGCUUCUAGCGACAGCGACAUCAAUGAAAUUGACCAAAAUAUUAACGAAAUCAACGUUAUUGAAAUAUAG